UUUACAAGCCCUCCUUUAGAAGCUCAUCUUCUUAGUAAUAUCGAGCUUGCACGUUAUUCUACUCCCACACCCGUUCAAAAGUUCUCUAUACCAAUUGUUUCUAAUGGACGUGAUCUAAUGGCUUGUGCUCAAACAGGUUCUGGUAAGACUGGAGGUUUUUUAUUUCCAAUUUUGUCGGAACUUUUUAAACAUGGACCUUCACCACCUCCACCGGAACAACCUGGAUAUACCCGUGGCAUGUCUCGUAGUCGUAAAGCCUAUCCUGUAGGAUUAAUUCUUGCACCUACGCGAGAAUUAGCUUCUCAAAUUUAUGAUGAGGCUAGGAAAUUUGCAUAUCGUUCCUGGGUACGACCUUGUGUUGUCUAUGGUGGUGCUGAUAUUUCUGGUCAACUAAGGCAGAUUGAUCGUGGAUGUGAUCUAUUAACUGCAACUCCUGGUCGUCUUGUUGAUUUACUUGAACGAGGCCGUGUGAGUUUAUGUCAAACUCGUUAUUUAGUUCUUGAUGAAGCUGAUCGUAUGUUAGACAUGGGUUUCGAGCCUCAAAUUCGUCGUAUUGUUGAACAAGAAG